AUGGUUAAUGAAUUUCGGAAAGGGCCAUCACGUGCAGCUGAAAUUAUGCGGUUUGGAUAUCCAGGAUUUGAUAAUUUGAGAACUUAUGAGGAUUUUAUUGUCAGCUAUGAUCGAAGGAAUAGAGUCGCUCAUUGGGUUAUUGAACAUCUUACAAAGGAUGUUAUCGCUUACAAUCCAGAUGUUGACAGAAGUAAAUGUAUUUUCAGACCAGAUACUUCUAUUCAUCCAUAUUUUCAAUCACAAAAUGAAGAUUAUAAAAGGAGUGGUUAUGAUCGUGGACAUUUGGCAGCCGCAGCAAAUCAUCGUAGUAGACAAUUAACAAUGGAACAAACUUUCUUUUUAACAAAUAUGACACCACAAGUUGGUAAAGGAUUUAAUAGAGAUAAAUGGAAUGAUUUGGAAAAACAUGUUAGACAAAUUGCCCGUGAUAGCUUGAAUGUUUAUGUUUGUUCAGGUCCUCUUUAUUUGCCUUAUCAAGAAGAAGAUGGGCAUUUUUAUAUAAAAUAUAAGGUUAUUGGCGCUAAUCGUGUUGCUGUGCCCACUCAUUUCUUCAAAGUUUAUUUAAUGCCAAAUGCACCCAUACCCAAUGAAAAACCUUUGAGUGAAUUUUUCUCUCCUCUUGAUGCAAUUGAACGUGCUGCCGGAUUUUUAAUUUUUGAUAAAUUGCCUAAAGAACAAUUGAAAAAAUUAAAUGGAAAAAAAUUGUCUGAAGAAAAAGGAAUCUUCAGAUGUUUGGAUAAUUUUGUAAAACUUUUUUAA